AACAUGACUUCCCCCUCCGUUAUAUUUCCAGCGUCAUAUCCCUCGCCGCUGGAGGAAUGUCGAGACCGAAUGAUUUAAAAAUAGCAUCAUCUCUCCUCUGACAGCCUUCUCUAGUGACUCCCUUAGCAUUGUGGUGCGAGAAGCAGGAAUGCGAAGAUGGCUGCAGAUUUAGGAGAGCUGCUUGUCCCUUAUAUGCCCACCAUCAGAGUUCCCAGAACAGGAGACAGGGUUUUCAAGAGCGAAUGUGCCUUUUCCUACGAUUCUCCCGAGUCUGAGGGAGGCUUGUAUGUGUGUAUGAACACAUUCCUGGGCUUUGGCAGAGAACAUGUGGAGAGACAUUACCGUAAAACCGGACAGAGUGUUUACAUGCUCCUCAAACGGCAUGUCAAAGAGAAAGCCACAGGUGCCGCAGGAGGCGCCAUCUCCAGAAGAAGAAAUGGCAGAGUGUUCCUAGAUUUAGAACUAAACCGUGAUUUUAACGGAGAUGAGUAUGAGUGUGAAGACGAGGCCAAGCUCGUCAUAUUUCCAGACCACUUCGAGAUCCCCUUACCAAAUAUUGAGGAGUUGCCUGCACUGGUGACAAUAGCCUGUGACGCCGUGCUGAACGCUGCGUCAGCCUACAAAAAACAGGAGUCUGACUCCUGGGACGAGGAGAUCCAGGUGUCCAAACACGCCAGGAGUCUCCGACAGCAGGACAACGGAGUGAGGAUCCCACCCAGUGGCUGGAAAUGUCAGAAGUGUGAGAUGAGAGAGAACCUGUGGCUGAACCUGACGGACGGAGCGGUGCUUUGUGGGAAGUGGUUCUUCGAUGGUGCUGGAGGAAAUGGACACGCCCUGGACCACUACAAAGACACCAACUUCCCCCUGGCAGUCAAACUGGACAACAUCACCGCAGAUGGAGCAGAUAUAUAUUCAUUUGAUGAAGAAGAAGCAGUCCUGGACCCUCACAUAUCCGAACACUUGCAACACUUUGGAAUAGACAUGCUACAGAUGCAGCAGAAUGGAACAGAAAAUGGCCACCUCAACACAGACAACACAGAGAGCGUUCGGCCUCGGGUCAGCGAGUGGGAGGUGAUCCAGGAGUCAGGCAUGAAGCUGAAGGCGGUGUAUGGGUCAGGUUUUACGGGCAUUAAGAACUUGGGCAACAGCUGCUACCUGGGCACCACCAUGCAGGUCCUUUUCAGCAUCCCAGAGUUCCAGAGGGCGUAUGUUGGAAAUCUACAGAGGAUAUAUGACUACUCACCUCUUGACCCCACCACGGAUUUCAGCACACAAAUGGCUAAACUGGGUCACGGACUUCUCUCAGGCCUGUACUCCAAACCACCAAUGAAAUCCGAGCUCAUUGAACAGGUGAUGAGAGAAGAAUACAAGCACCAGCCGAAGGGCAUCUCUCCCAAGAUGUUCAAAGCCAUGGUCAGCAAGGGCCACCCCGAGUUCUCCUCCAACAGACAGCAAGACGCACACGAGUUCUUCCUGCACCUCAUCAACCUGGUCGAGAGAAACAGUGCUGGCUCAGAGAACCCCAGCGAUGUCUUCCGCUACCUGGUGGAGGAGCGUGUGCAGUGCUGCCAGACGCAGAAGGUGUGCUACAACCAGAAGGUGGACUACCUGAUGCAGCUCCCGGCCCCCAUAGAGGCUGCCUCCAACAGAGAGGAGCUGAUAGCGUAUGAGGCCAAGCGAAGAGAGGCAGAGGAAAACAUGAGAGCCCCUCCAGAGCCUGUGAGGGCCCGGAUCCCCUUCACAGCGUGCUUGCAGGCCUUCACAGAGCCAGAGAACGUCCCCGACUUCUGGAGCUCAGCACUGCAGGCCAAGUCAGCUGGAGUCAAGACUUCCCGUUUCGCCUCCUUCCCAGAGUAUCUGGUAGUGCAGAUUAAGAAAUUCACGUUUGGGGUUGACUGGGUUCCAAAGAAAUUAGAUCUGUCCAUAGACGUACCAGACUUCCUGGACCUGUCUCGACUCCGGGGCACAGGGCUUCAGGCAGGAGAGGAAGAGCUUCCUGACCUCACCCCCCCCAUCGUUCUGCCUGAAGACACCAGAGAUGACUCAAUGAACUCCUCAGAUUCCCCAGAUAUAGACGAGUCGGCGGCAAUGCAGCUGGCGGAGAUGGGCUUCCCUCUGGAGGCCUGUCGGAAGGCCGUUUACUACACAGGGAACAUGGGCCCUGAAAUGGCCUUCAACUGGAUCAUAGCCCACAUGGAGGAGCCUGACUUUGCUGAGCCCCUGGCCCUGCCUUCCUUCAUGGAGGCAGGCCCCUCCAUGGCCAGCCUGGGCCUUGCAGCCACCCCCCUGGACAAUCAGCCUCCGGAGGAGAGCAUCGCCAUCCUCACGUCCAUGGGCUUCCCCCGCCACCACACGGUCCAGGCCCUCAAAGCCACGAACAACAACUUGGAGAGGGCUCUGGACUGGAUCUUCACCCACCCGGAGGAGGAGGAGGAGGAGGCCAGCGACGACCUUUUGGACAUGUCUGACAUCAUGGAGCCCAACGACAACACCUUCUCCAACGCAAACACGAACAGCCACUCCACGCUGUCCCCAGACCAGGAUGCCUCGGGCCCCCGGAUCAAAGACGGACCCGGACGUUACGAGCUUUUUGCUUUCAUCAGCCACAUGGGAGCGUCCACGAUGUCUGGUCGUUAUGUAUGUCAUAUCAAAAAGGAAGGAAGAUGGGUGAUCUUCAAUGACCAUAAAGUGUGUUUGUCAGAAAGGCCUCCAAAAGACUUGGGCUACAUCUACUUUUACCGUCGGCUGUCUAGCUGCUAGACCUAGCCCCCCUCCCCCCUUUACCGUCAGCUGUCUAGCUGCUAGACCUAGCCCCCCCUCCCCCCUUUACCGUCAGCUGUCUAGCUGCUAGACCUAGCCCCCCCUCCCCCCUUUACCGUCAGCUGUCUAGCUGCUAGACCUAGCCCCCCCUCCCCCCUUUACCGUCGGCUGUCUAGCUGCUAGACCUAG